UAGCACGGUCCUAAGUUUUCAAUCCUGGUUGAGCAGGAACGAAAGUGAAACGGCACCAGCGAGCAAGCGUAGGAACGACCAAGAGGACAACCGACCGGCGUGAUCGUAACGGCAAAACCUGUUUCUGCAACAAACAAAGAACGAGAUGUUCGCUGCAAAACGAUAUAUUGCUCUCGUUUCUACGCACUGUCGCUAUGCGGCUUUUCGCGUAUCACCGCGGCACAGCGGUUCUCCCGCAUGGAACGCGGACGGCGUAAACGCAUUGUCGCCCGAUAGCUUCAGCUCCCCAUCAGCCAGCACCGUAUCUGUUCGUUUUGCAUCAUCGUCCUUGCCGAAAACAUCAUCCAACAUGUCCGGCAGUGCCAAAUUGUUGCACCAGAACUUGUGGGAUCAGGAUGUGGAGCUUAUGGAUCUGAUACGCAAAGAAAAGAAACGGCAGAUACGUGGAUUGGAAAUGAUUGCCAGCGAGAACUUCACCUCACUCUCCGUACUACAGUGCCUGAGCUCUUGUCUGCACAAUAAAUACUCGGAGGGGCUGCCCGGCCAAAGGUAUUACGGUGGCAAUGAGUUUAUCGACGAGAUCGAGUUGCUUGCUCAGAAGCGAGCAUUGGAAGCGUACCGUCUUGACCCAGAGCAGUGGGGAUGCAACGUUCAACCGUACUCGGGUUCACCGGCUAACUUUGCUGUGUACACAGCGCUGAUCGAACCGCACGGCCGUAUUAUGGGGCUGGAUCUGCCAGACGGUGGUCACCUAACGCAUGGUUUCAUGACGCAAACAAAGAAAAUUUCUGCGACUUCAAUCUUCUUCGAAAGUAUGCCUUACAAGGUGAACCCUCAGACUGGCCUGAUCGAUUACGACAAGAUGGAGGAGUCGGCCAAGCUUUUCAAGCCUAAGGUGAUCAUUGCCGGUAUCUCGUGCUAUUCGCGCUGCCUGGACUACAAGCGUUUCCGUGAAAUUGCCGACCAGAACGGAGCGUAUUUGUUCGCCGAUAUGGCACACAUUUCCGGACUGGUUGCGGCCGACAUCAUUCCAUCGCCGUUCGAGUACGCGGAUGUAGUGAGCACCACCACUCAUAAGACGCUACGAGGACCCCGCGCCGGCGUUAUAUUCUUUCGUAAAGGUGUACGAAGCGUCAAGCCCAACGGCGAUAAGGUACUCUACGAUCUGGAGGCGCGCGUCAACCAGGCCGUCUUUCCGGGGCUGCAAGGGGGCCCACACAACCAUGCGAUAGCCGGUAUUGCAACAUGUAUGCUUCAGGCGAAAACACCCGAGUUUCGUGAGUACCAGGAGCAGGUGGUUCGGAAUGCGCGUGCCCUUUGCCAAGGAUUGCUCGAUGCGGGGUAUUCUGUGGCGACGGGUGGUACCGAUGUGCACUUGGUGCUGGUCGAUCUGCGCCCGGUGGGCAUUACGGGUGCGCGGGCGGAAUACAUUUUGGAGGAAAUUUCCAUCGCCUGUAACAAGAACACGGUGCCGGGCGAUAAAUCGGCCCUCAACCCAUCCGGUAUUCGUCUUGGCACGCCGGCCCUGACGACGCGUGGUUUAGGGGAAGACGACAUGAAGCAGGUCGUAGCUUUCAUCGAUCGGGGGUUGCGACUAUCUAAGGAGAUUGCCACACUGUCUGGGCCGAAGCUGGUCGACUUCAAGCGCACCAUCCACGAGAACGCCGAGGUCAGCGGUAAGGUGCAAGCCCUGCGACAGGAGGUGGAACGGUACAGUGAACAGUUUCCUCUGCCUGGCUAUGAGGAAUUCUAACAUAAUAAAAGCCUCCGUUGCAACGCUAUUGCACACAUACAAUGAAUUUCCCAGAUUGAUUUUUUUAAGGAAGAACAGCGCACUCAGAAGGGGAAUGAAGGCGUGUCGGUUGAGAUCUUUUAAUGUCCCCUGACCGCUCAAUCAAAAUGGUCAUGCUCCUGCCCAUAACAGUUUCGUUACGAUCGUCGAGUGACGAAGAUAAAAAAUUUGCUCGCGCCAAAACGUUAUAAACGUAUUAAGGAGCGGCAGGGGUGUGCGAAUGUGUCUGACAGCGAUUACUCUGAAUAAAGAAAACAUUAAAUUCUC